CAGGGACUAACCUACGCAAAAUAGAUAAAUACUAUUUGUAAUUAAAUGGAACCGGCUCUUGAUAUUUAUCAGUAUAUUUACGAUCUGCCGCUCAUCGAAAGAAGACAGCUGUGUAAAGCUUUAAAUGAAGACAAUAAGUGGGAAAAACUUGCUGCUGAAAUGUCUUACGAUUCCUAUGAAAUAGGAAAGUUAAGAAAUAAAGAAGAUCCAACUGACCAACUUUUUACAAUGUGGGGAGAAUAUAAUCAUUCGCUAUCGGAAUUAUUUGUUAUACUAUCUCGAAUAAGGUAUUAUCAAUUAAUGACCAUAUUAAAACCAUUUGUCCAUAGUAGAUAUCAUGUACUUUUAAACAAUGUUAAAGACAAUUACAAUAAAAUAGUUCAAAAUGAGAAACAAACGAAAGACACUAAAGACUUGAAAAUUGGAGUACAAAAUUUUAAUCAUAAUCAGAAGCCCGAUGAAAAUACAAUUAAAGUGAUUGUAAAUCAAAACACAAAGGAGGAUUCGAUAAAAAUAUUAAAUCAACCAAUUCAGCAACAGCAACAGAACGAAACACCAAGUAAUUCGGAUAAUUUGUUAAUCUCUAUACCAACGAUAUUUAAGACAUUAUUACCAAGAAUUUCAUACGACGAAUUGACCGCAGCAACGGAUAAUUGGAAUAAAGAAAAUAUAUUGGGAAAAGGAGGAUUUGGAACUGUUUAUAAAGGAAUAUGGAAAAAUACCGAGGUGGCUAUUAAAAAACUUGAACCAAGAGGUUCUGAUUACGAUGAAAGCUAUACGUUACAAAUAGCCCAAUCAUUUCGUGAAAUCAGAAUUUUAAAUUCUCUACCGCACGAGAACAUUCUUCCCCUCUAUGCAUAUAGCGCAGGUAGUAAGGCACCUUGCCUUAUAUACCAGUGUAUGAAGAAUGGAUCGUUAGAAGAUCGACUGCAUCUGAAACACGGAUAUCCAGCACUAAAUUGGCUUCAACGCCAAGUGAUUGCAAAGGGUACAGCACGAGGAUUGCAAUAUUUACACACAAUUCAUGAAAAGCCCUUAAUUCACGGUGAUAUUAAAAGUGCAAAUAUUUUAUUGGAUAGGAAUUUUGAGCCCAAAAUUGGCGAUUUUGGAUUAGCAAAAGAGGGUUCUUCCAACGACUUUUUAAAAGUGAGCAAAAUUCAAGGAACUAGACCAUAUUUACCGGAGGAAUAUAUUUUUGGCAGAUGUUUAUCAACAAAAAUUGAUACGUAUAGCUACGGUAUAGUUCUAUUUGAAUUAGCAACUGGUUUAUCCGCUUACGAUAAAUCAAGACCUACAAAUAAGCGUUUAAAAGAAUAUAUAGAUAAUUUUGACGAUAGUGAUUUACAUUUAUUAAAAGAUAAACGAGCAGGAGAAAAAUAUGAAGAAGCUUACAAGUAUUUAAUGUCUCUUGGAAAGUGGUGCUCGAAUAAAUUAGCGGCACAUAGGCCAGAAAUGUCAGUUGUUUAUGAAAAAUUUGAAAAUUAAUUCCAAAUGGUAAAUUAUUAAUAAAAAUG